AUGAUGGGUACCGGCGUGUCGCGAAUGAACUCAGGUCCCACGCUCACCCGCUCCCUCUCCUCCGAUAACGUCGCCGGUUCGUUCGCGCAGCACGCCUCUCGCUCGUACACCGACUCUCGUCGCAACUCUCUGGGGUUAUCCUCCUCGACCUCGGGGCCUCUCGCGGCUCGCAGGGUUAGUGGUGCCACUACCCAUGGAGGCACAGUUCCUCGUACCGUAAGCAGUUCAUCCACCGUUUCGAGCGUAACUCGUUCGCUUGACACGUCGGCAGUGUGUCGUCCCAGCAGCUCCACCCUUCGCAGUGGACAUCCCUCCACUACCGUUCCGGCAGCCAGCAGCCGCAGCUCGGCGGCCUCCGCCGGCAGGUCUGACGGCCGGCAAGGAAGCGGGCGGCAGCAGAAGCAGCGGCGGCCGAACGAGCGGCAGCGGCCGGUGGAAAUCCGGCAGACGUUGAAACUCGACGACGAGGCGUUGUUUUCGGAGGAGGAGCUUGCAGCGUUUCGCUGCGCUGGUAUGGCCGCCGAGUCGGAAGCCGCCAUUGGCGUGCAGCUGCCGGAGGAAUCCGCGAUAGGGAGUAUCGCGAUAGCGGCUGAAGUGGCGCCGCCAGUUGUGAUUGAGAUUGUCGACCAUGAGACGGGGGUCGUCAAGACGCCGCCAAGGGACACGAGAAAGAAGCGAAUCGUGACGGGGGAAGAGACCAAGGCGGAAAUGCCACAACGGGACGAUAAGUUAGAGAAGGAUCGGGAGCAGAAUUUCGAAGAAGAAUGCAAGGGACAGCAGCAGCAUCAGGAAGGAAAUUCACACAAAGAUGAGCCCCUGCUGCGGACAGCACAGGCAGCAGCCGCUGUGCCUGUGCGCGGAUCCAGAGUCCACGACGAGCGGAAAGCCACAGAAGAUUCGGUUGCGCGGAAGCUGAAUGCAGCGGGUGGCGGUGGUCACGCGGCAGGCGCAGCGCAGCACGGGUUGGAGCCGGGGGCGGCAGCACAGGCAACUCCCCCGCAGUCGGCGGAGAAGAAGGGCGGCCGGCUCCUGCGCACGCUGAGCGCAUCCGUGAGCAUGCUGAAGCGCGCCUUCAUGGGGAGCGCUUCUUUCUCCGCCACUUCCCCCUCCGCUUCCGCUUUCUCUCCCUCCCCCGCAGCCGCCGCCAAAGCCGCUGCUGCCAAUGCUUUGGCAGGCCACGCGAAACGCGAAGCGGCGAGUCGCGCGUCUGCCUGGACGAGCGGUAAGCCGUCCGCGCUGGCCGCAACCCAUGGUACCAACGGCUCUAGUUCGAGUAGCGUCGCUAGCGGCGCGAGCGGCACGACUGGCACUAGCGGCACUAGCCGCACCGAAGGCACCAGUUGGACUAGCGGAACUAACGGCACUAGCGGCACUUCUGGGUCUGCCACAGGCGGCGGUGCUACGAGCGCGAGUGGAGUCCCCAACCUCGUCACCCCCACCAGAACACUCCACCCCAUCAACACGCCCUCCGCUUUCAACCCCGCGCCUUCCCCGUUAGCCGCCGACAUCUCGCCGCGCGCAUUGUUCCACUCGACCGCUGCGACUGCUGCUACCGGUUUCUCCGCUGUGGUUUCCGCAAGUCGCGCACCGCUCAGUGCCUCCACCGCUCCAUCCACUCCGCAGUAUGGGCUUCCCCGUACGGCGCAAGGCUCCACUUCCGCCACCGCCUCCCCUCACUCCGGGGCCUUUGUCCCCGUGCCGUGGGACACGUUCGGCUCUUCCUCCGUUCCCGCCAGCCCCGCCGCGAGUGAGGGCGCAGGCGGAGGGGUCCAGUCUCGGCGGAAGCGGUGGGCAAGCAUCGGGGGAGGGCAAGAAAGGGGGAGUUUCUUGGUGCUUGGCGGAAUGAGCGCGGACAGAGUGGGCGGAACAAGCAGGGGGGAAGCUGGGGAAGGCGCAGAGGAUGGAUUUACCCGGUACGGCAUGAAAAAGCAAGAGCUCGAUUCCGCCACUUCCAGCCGCAUGGGCUACACAUCAGACGGUACAGAGGACUCGCGCCGUAAAUCCGACCGUCAGGGACGCGCCACGUGGUCUGCCACACCAGGAGACGCGACACCGAUGCAGAUCAGGCAGAUGAUGAACGCGCAGGAGCGCAAGGCGAGGACCAACGGCGUGGGAAAGAGUACGAGCAAGGGCAAGGGGCGGUCUGAUCGGACUGUGCAUCCCGAACUCUCCCAGGCUACCCCAGCGUCCCCUUCCGCCCCUCCGCCUGUGAACCACUCCGGGGGGCGGAGGCAGGGGUCAGCGCGCGUGGUGGGGAGGGGAGCGGCCGCCGCAGCAGCGGCAGCUGCUGGGGUGGGGAGGUCCCCGGGGAAAGGCGGAAAGGGGAGCGGGGAGGAUGUGGCGGAUGACGUGGCAGCGGCGGUGCGCGCCUGGGCUCGGGAGCGCAGGGGGGGCGUGUUAGUGUCCGGGCAUGGGGGUGAAGACGUGCCGAGGCAGGAGAAGAUGGUGGGGGUGGAGCGGUGGCUGCAGCAGAGGCUGAUGGAUGGGUACUCGGGCAGUGAGGGCAUCAAGAGCAGUGCAUGGGAGCUCCGAUCCGGAAGUGCUGAUGAAGGUACGGAGAGCAGCGACGCUGAUGCUGCCGCCGCAGGGGCUGGGGAAGGCAAGAAGGGAACAGGCGCAAGGAAGGAGCCUGGGGAAGGGAGAGCACGGUGGGAAGUGACGGAAGGGGCGGUGCACGAGGGUGACAGCGAGAAGAAGGUGAGGAGGGAGGCGGUUGGCGGAGAGGACAGUGGCAACGCGAAAAAGAAAGUGAGCACAGGCAGCGGCCGAGUGAAGAAGAAGAUAAGUGCGGGUGCGAGUGCAGGGGAGGAGGAGGCGGCUGGUGGGGAAACGGUGAAGGGGAAGAAGAGUAACGGUGGUAGUGGGGUGAAGGACAGCGGCGAUGCUUAUGAGCACAGUGACAAGGAGAAUGGUGUGAAAAAGGUGAAGAGCAAGGGGGUGGGGAACGGGAAAGGCAAGCAGAAAGGCCAGGGUGCGCAGGGAGUGGGUAAGGCAAGUGGUGAUGAGGCAGGGAGUGAAGAUGGGGCUGGUGGGGUUGGUGCUGCAAUGAGCGAGCGGGUGGGGGGCGAUGCUAAUGGUAAAGCAAUUGAGAAGCGGAAGAAGAAGGUGGUUAAGAAGGCUAGUGACAGUGUUGGUGACGAUGCUAGAGAUGGUGGGGAAGUGAAGCGGGGAGUGAAGAAUGGGGCGACGAUGAAGAAAGGGAAAAAGGCACCUCCGGGCUCAAAGAAGAGUGAUGGCAGCGGAGACAAGGGAGAUGUGAGUGAUGGAGAGGGCGUAGGUGGUGUGAAGGUGAAGAAAGUUGGCAAGAAGAAGAGACCAGUUAGCAGUGAUAGAAUUUUGGCAGAUCAGGGCUUGCUGCAACCUAACCCCGACCGUGCAGUGUCUGAGGAAAAGGUUGCACACGGUUCAAGCUUGGAAUUGGCAAUUCAAGGUAAAUAG